AUGUCCAAUAAUAGAAGGAAGAGGAGGAUUUCCGGUGGGACAGGAAUGCAGGGGAAAGAAGAUAUUCAAUACGCCACUUCUCGGCAUAAUCAAAAGCACAAAAACAGUUGUUUAUUGAACGAAAUUAGCCUCGUGAUCAUUGUAACCCCUCGCUCAAAAAAAGAAAAGGCAAUUAUGAUUUGCGUAUGGGUCUCUGGACUCCGACAUACAUACGUAAAUGCUAUGAUGGAUGA